AUAGGUUUAGUCUCAGAUGGCCGAGAUCCGAUAAGAGCAGCUGAGAAUCUUCGCGCGGGGUUCAUCUUCCGCCCUUUUUAUUCUGCGAUUGAAGGCGGAACUGCCUAUGCACUUCUUAUAACCCGUUGACCCCUCUAUCGCUUAGAAAUGGGAGACAUCGAAGAUACUUGCGCCUCCUUGCGCGCUCAGAUCGCCGCCACUGAAGCACAGCUAGCUGGGCUGAAACGCGAACUCGAGAGUGCAGAGCAAGCGGCUAUUAAAGCCAGGGCGCAGGACGUCCCAAACCCUUCCGCUACGACCAGCGCCCAAAGUAGUGACAAGAGAAAGUGGCCGCUCUUGGACGAGGAAUAUCGACGUUAUGGAAGACAGAUGAUUGUGCCGCAGGUGGGGUUACAGGGUCAACUGAAACUUCGAUCUGCAAAGGUCUUGAUUGUCGGGGCGGGCGGCUUGGGAUGUCCGGCUGCGCAGUAUCUCGCCGGGGCCGGGGUGGGCACACUGGGGCUUGUGGAUGGGGAUACGGUGGAAUCUUCGAACCUUCAUCGGCAGGUGCUCCAUCGGACCAAGAAUGUCGGAAAGUUUAAGGUGGAUAGUGCGAUUGAGUCUUUGCGCGACUUGAACCCUCACCCGACUUAUAUAGCGCACCGAGCGCAUCUAGCGCCCCAAGAUGCGGCGGACAUUUUCAAGAACUACGACCUCAUCCUCGACUGUACGGAUAACCCCGCGACGCGUUAUCUGAUCUCGGAUACGGCGGUUCUGCUUGGGAAGCCGUUGGUUUCGGCUUCUGCUCUGCGGACAGAGGGCCAGCUUAUGGUGCUGAAUAACCCUCCCCGACCGGUAGGAGAUAAGACUGGGGGCCCAUGCUAUCGAUGUGUUUUCCCUCGGCCGCCUCCGGCAAAUAGUAUCCUGAGCUGUGCGGACGGUGGCAUUCUUGGUCCGGUUGUCGGCACAAUGGGAGUACUGCAGGCGUUAGAGGCGAUCAAGGUGAUUACAGCUGCAGACGAGGAUGUUAAGCCGCCAUCACUACAUAUCUUUUCGGCCUAUUCGUCCCCGUUGUUCCGAACGAUUAAACUGCGUUCGCGCCGACCAAAUUGCGCGGUGUGCUCUGCGGAGGCUAGCGUGACGUUGGAAACUGUCAAAACAGGGUCGACCGACUAUGUUUUCUUCUGUGGAAGUGUCGGCCCAGAGAAGCUGUUGCUCCCGGAAGAGCGCAUCUCGCCGCGGGAAUAUCGGACGAAGCAUCCGCUGGCAGACUCCACUGACGCCAUCGGAGCAGUCAGCAAGGGACCCACGAUCAUUGAUGUUCGGGAGAAGGUUCAAUUCGACAUCUGCAGCUUGGAAAAUAGUAUCAAUAUCCCCAUUUCGUCCAUCUUGUCGUCAACGACGAAAGCCGCCCAGAAUAACGACGUAGCCAAUGGAUCGAAUCCACUGCCCCCGUGGCUGCCAGCAGAUAUCGCCUCGUCGGACUCCAUCGAUCCGAUCUAUGUUGUGUGUCGACUCGGAAACGACUCCCAGAUCGCAGUCAAACGACUGAAGGAGCUGGGCCUGGACCGUGGAGGCGAAAGAGUUGUGGCGGAUAUCCGGGGUGGAUUGCGCGCCUGGCGCGAACAGGUUGACCCCGAGUGGCCAGAAUAUUAACGACAUAACCGUAUCUAUAUGUACAUAGCCAGCCAAAACCAUACAAAACCGCAAAUCGCAAACCUCAUGAAACAUAACAUGCCAAUAAUCCAGUCAUAUCAUAAACCUCAUGAAAAACUCAUCUCACAGAAACAGGCGCCUCCUCCAACCAAGCCCAGUCCACACUCACGCGCCCCAGAUCCAAAUCCGCCAACUUCUUAAAAACCGCCCGACUCACAUCCAGAUCCUUGACGGCACAUCCGGUACCUAACAGCUUAUAAUUAGUCCCACAGCCACCAUUAACCCCAGCGAGGAAAAUAGCACCAAAGCAAAGAGGGAAAAAAGAAAAGA